CUCGCGGGCGGCGGCGGCGGGGAGAACGGGCGCAGGGACCGACCUCUGCGGGACCGAGCGCGACCCGAGGCGGCGGAGGACCCGCGCGUCGGGGAUCCGGCGUCGAGCUUCCGUCCUCUUCUUCUCCUGCUGUUCUGCCAAAGAUGAAAGGAGCCAUAAGUCUCUUCAGUCCUAGUCAUUCCAUGGAUUCCUUUGGGCAGCCCAGACCAGAAGAUAACCAGUCAGUAGUCAGCAGAAUGCAAAAGAAAUACUGGAAAACUAAACAGGUCUUUAUCAAAGCAACAGGGAAAAAGGAGGAUGAGCACGUGGUGGCAUCUGAUGCUGAGCUGGAUGCUAAACUUGAGGUUUUUCACUCCAUUCAAGAGACAUGCACUGAACUUCUGAAGAUAGUUGAGAAAUAUCAGCUAAGACUCAAUGUUAUAUCAGAGGAAGAAAACGAACUAGGGCUCUUUUUAAAGUUCCAAGCAGAACGGGACACAACGCAGGCUGGCGAAAUGAUGGAUGCCACUGGCAGGGCACUCUGUUCUUCAGCCAAGCAAAGAUUGGCCCUAUAUACUCCCUUGGCUCGUCUUAAGCAAGAAGUAGCAACAUUCAGCCAAAGGGCUGUAUCUGAUACUUUGAUGACAAUUAAUCGGAUGGAGCAGGCGCGCACAGAAUACAGAGGAGCUCUGCUGUGGAUGAAAGGUGUAUCCCAAGAACUGGACCCAGACACCUUAAAACAAAUGGAAAAAUUCAGAAAAGUACAGAUCCAAGUGAGAAAUAGCAAAGCUUCUUUUGACAAGUUAAAGAUGGAUGUCUGUCAGAAAGUGGAUUUACUUGGAGCUAGUCGCUGCAAUAUGUUAUCUCAUUCACUCACUACCUACCAGAGAACACUACUUCGAUUCUGGGAGAAAGCAGCUCAGAUGAUGUCCCAAAUCCAUGGAGCUUAUGCUGGCUUUCAUCCAUUUGAUUUUGUAGCUCUCAAGCAACUACAAGACUCUCCAAGCAAGCUUACUGAACACCAUAAAGAAGAACAAAUAGAAAAUGAUUGUCUCACUGAAAACCUCAAUAAGUUAGUUUUGUCAGAUGAGGAAAUGAGCUUGGGAAGUGAACCAGUUGCAGAAGAUUUACCAGUAGAUUCAUUGGAAGAUGAUUUUGAGAAGGAAUUCUCAUUUCUGAACAGCCUCCUAAGUCCUGGUUCUUCGAGAGCUAUGGAAUUUUCCCAGGAAUGCCAGGCUGCCUUUGGGAGCCCCCAGGCCAGUCUCACAUCCCAGGAGCCUUCGGUGGGGUCUGAGCCUCCUGCCCACUCUUCACAAUUCCUACCUUCGCAACUCCUUGACCUUGGCCUUCGUGCUGCGGGAGCUUUCAACAGCUGGGCCUCCCAAGGAGGAUUAGAACUUCCUCUUUCACACACUGAUAACCAGCCAGUGCCUUCUGAGAGUCCAAAGAAAUUAACAAAAUCUCCCAACAGUGGUAAUCAAGACAUGUCUGCCUGGUUCAGUCUAUUUGCAGACUUAGAUCCACUUUCCAACCCAGAUGCUAUUGGACACUCAGAUGAUGAGCUUCUGAAUGCUUGACUUAGGUUACGAUGUCACUACAAUGGCCUUGAGACAUCAAUUUUGCAACAUACUGCCUUUGGGGAAAGGAGUUUAUAUUGUCAUCCAUAUACAAAAGUAUUAUGUUUGAGUAUUUAAUACUUGACAACCAACUUUAAGACAGAUGGUAAGGACCACAUUUUAAUAAUUAUCUCUUAAAAUCUUGGCUUUGCAGGUGUUGAUAGAAUGUGGAAAAUAUUAGAAACUAUUGAGUCUGAAAUAGAUACCAAAACUUAUUUCAAAAUAACAACUAGGAAUAAUUUCAUCAGUAGGAGUUGGGUUUGUUUGUUUGGAAAGCCUUUUUUAUGUAAGUUGCCUUGCUAGUUAUGAGAAUUCUAUAGGAGGAUAAAGGACAGCAUGUAAACUGGGUUGUGAUUUGGGGUUGGUUUUUAAAUAAAACAGUGGCAGGGGGAAUUUUCUGUCGUGGAAAAUAGCACUAGAACCAGACUAGUUUUGUCUUUAGUUAGAAAGAUAGAGUAAGAUUUGAAAACUCAAUUUGCUUUAGUGAAAUUACAGAGAAACUUGGUGCUUUUUCUUCACCUGGAGACUGAUAUGUAAUAUUACUUAGCUUUUUUUCCUUCAUACAAAAUCCUGGGUACCAACCCCCAUUUCAUUAUUGAAUUUUCUUGGGGAAGUAGCAGGUUGAUUCAUUUGCUGAGUCUGUCCUCAAAAACAGAAAAAUUUCUCUUCCCAUCUCAUAAACUACAAGAAUGUCCAAUAAUAUUCAAGACAUUGUGCAGGUGUCUCCAAGCCUGGUUCUUCACACAUUCCUACCAUAAUGUACCAUAUUCGUAUUCUUCCUGAAAAGAAAAUAAGGGGAGGACACGCCCUGAGCAACUGGCAGUAGUGUUCCUGAAAUUACCCACGAGCGUCUGUCUGAGUAAGGGGAGAUUUCCAAACAACUUGCCCUCAUACAGAUUUGCACUUAACCCAUACUGCUUGAUGUGAUUUAAACCAGAAUACUUUCUGGCAGUUACAGAAAGCUCUGUACCAUCAUAAGGGAGUGUCUUAUUUUCCCACUUUUCUGUGGGGGACAUCAUCUGAGACUUUGAUUACUAAGGACAAACCUACCCUUAGAAGGUUUAAAGUGUAAGUACUGGAGAGAAGGCAAUUUAAUGAAAACAGCCACUGUAUACACAGUCACUCAGUUUCCUAUUCUUUUUUUCCUGCCCACCCUUUAGUUUUGAGGCAGUUCUCCAGGUGCCUUGUCUUUGUCAUCCAGUCCAUUGCAUCUGCAUAAGAAAACGUUUAACUAAGAUGUUCACAGUAGUUUCCAUUGUACUCCUAGUUCUAAACAGGCUUACAUACUAUUUACAAGAGAAUCAUGGGUAAUGUCUGAGUCACUGUAUAUAGAAAAACAUUUUUUUAGCAACAGACCAGAGCAGAUAAAAUGCAGUCUGCUUCCUGUCCACAGCAAUCUGGCCCAACUACGACCUGAAUUGCCCACAGCUCUUCAGAAGAGCAAGGAGUGUGUAGGCAUGGACUCAGGAAAAGGUUAUGUAAAUCUUUCCUUAAAAUAGUUUCACAUGUUCAUUCCUAGUUCUUUAUCUGGUGAUUCCUUAAGAAGCAUUUUUUAACUCAUCCUUUUUAUUCACUGAAAUUCCCUAGAAUGCAGUACUGUCAUUGUUCUGCCAUGAUUAUGGUUACGAAUCAGUCUAAAUUCUAUCCCCAUGAUCACUCUGCUCUCAACUCUGAAUACCUCAGAAAUGUCACUUUAUGCCUUGAGUUUAUGCCAUUUUUCUUUCAUUAAUUUUCACUAAUCCGUUAGUUCAAAAAUAUUUGGACAGCUUCCUCACACACAUACGAGGCAGCUCUUGCUCUCGUAUAAACAGACACAUUCGGUGCAGGAGAAUCACUAGCCCGAAUCCCACUUUGAAUGUGAAGGGGAUCCUGCCCUCAAUUUCCCAAGAGCAAAGGUUAUCAAAAAAUAGAUGCUUACAAGGAUUUUUAUUAUUUCUUAGUUUCUCUAACAUUUUCUCUUUCAACAGAGUAUGUAGCUGCCCGUUCAACCCCAAGGCAACAUUACCUGCCUUAGCAAGUCGUUAUAACUUAAGCAAGUCUCACAACUCCAUUUUUGAAGUGCACAUUUAAAACUGUUACUAAAAUGAAGGUAACUAUAUUUUCUCAAGAUUAGUUAUAUGAAGCUCAAUCAUUAAUUUAGGGCCAGAAACAGAAAUCUGGCUAUAUCACACCUAAAUUGCUAUAACAGGAAACCAAGCACAUAUUCAGUAAGGAGUAAAGGGGAGGACAGGAUAAACACAGAACAGAGGGGUGGUCAGUUGCUGUUUGGUUAAAUCUAGACCAACCAAUCAAUAAGUAAAUUAAUUAACCUUAACCAAGUGUGGGCUGAGAACAACUCUUUCCAAAUAAAUGGAUGCUUUUUAUAUUAAAUGGGGGAAAAUACCUAUCUUAUACUUUUAAACACUAAAUAAGAAUGCAUUUAAACGUAGAAAAGCCCCAGAACUAAAAUUUGCCUAAUCUUCUUCAACCACUUUAUAAGAAAGGCAGGAAUACCAGGGCAGAUUAAGAUCAGAUUGGUGUAACUUGGUAUUUUUUGAAAUCUUUCAUUAAUUGUAAAUGACAUGGUUAGAAAAAAACUGUAUUUUAACAAAACAGGUUUCAGUAUUUGCACAAUGAAACAAGUGUUUGUAUUUCAGUGGAUAUUUCAGAUAACUCUCUUCAUAGACCAUCUGGAAAUGGAGAGUUCUUACAGCAUAAGAACAAAGGAAGUUGAAUGUGCUAUUUUUCUGAGCCUCUUUUAAUAAAGAUUACAAGAUGGCAUAAAACGAAGUAUUUCCUAAAGUGUUCAAUACAAAUCCAAUUAUUGUCUCCCUAUUCAAAAACAUGGGUUUUACCUCAGGACCACAGUAAUAAGAAGGUAGUUUGAAUAGAUACAGAUACUACAGAAUGAAAGUAAAACAGGGCAAUUAAUAUCAUUGUGAGACUGACUCUAAUUUACUGAAUUACUUAGAGUCUGUCUAGUUUACAGGAUGGACUCGUAAGAUAUGGGAUACAACAGAAUGUGUGUUCUCUGUGUGAAUACUCAAAGUAACAAAAUAUAAACUAUUAAAGAGCAAAAAUUUGAGCCUAGAAGCAAUAACCAGUGAAAUAUAAGCCAUAGUACUUAACCUGAUUUGUUGAAGGGAGGAAUAAAAAGCAAGCCAGGAUUGAUCCAGUAAUUUCCAUUUUCCAUAGUGUUGGCAGGGCCCUGCAUUUCCUUACCCUGAGCAGUAAAGCAGACCUAGAAUCUUGGGAUACAGACAUUAAACUAGGAAGGAAAUACUGACUAAUUUAGCAGUAUCAAAAGUAAUGAAUUUAAAACAUACAAUAGUAAGAUGUUUAAAUAUGGCAAAGGAAACGUACGGAACCGGAUGGGAAGAAAAAUGUUUGUCAGGAUGGGUCACAUCCAUAAGCCCAACAUAAAAUAUCUCCUUGCAUCUUUUAUGUGCCAAUGAAAAGAUGAUGAAAAGAAGACAAUGAAAAGAGUUCAGUAAGAACUGUCCUUGGUAUCUAAAGUCAAGACAUGGUUCUUCCUUCACUCAGUGGUAUAAAUAAACCAUUCAAUGAUUAAAGAGUAAAUACAAAAUGGAGGUGGAGGUCUGGGUGGUGUUAACAAGUAAGGUUUUGAAGUGCAUGUUUUUAAAGAAAAAAAGUUGUUUUCUUUUUCCCAUUUCAAAGUAAUACUCUCUCAUUUACAAGUCUGGAAAACACUAAAAAGUAGAAGACAAAGAAAUCAUCCACAGCCCUACCAUCUAGGAAUAACUACUGUUAAUAUUAUAUAUGAACUAAAUUGUGGUCUGGAUGAUUUAUUGUCUGUCUGAAAUGGGCAUACCAAGUAGUUGAGAUUAAAAAGUUACUUUUGUAAAUCUUUUCCUCAAGAAGUCAGGCAAAAAUCCAACAAAAAGGUGAUUGGAGUCACUACUUCCUGCCUCUGUAAAAGAUGUGUUCCCCAAAUUAAAGAAAAUAAUUCUUUUGAAUUUCUGCAGCUAUAGCAACGUUAAAACCUAGAGAGCUUGAGGAUUUGUGUAACUAGCUUCCUUGGCCGGGAACUGGUGUCAACCAGCUUACUUUCUCUUCACCCUCUGAACCAAGCUGCCAGCACUGGAAGCAAGCAAGACCACCAAGAAAAAACAAGGCAGUGACCCGAUGACAUGUAAUUGCAAUGAUGCCGAACACAUAUAUUUUACUAAUGUCACUGUUACAGGAGAAAUAGCAGUAAGGCUUUGUGGUUAAGUUUGAGUUCUAGAGUUAGACAUGGUUCAAAGCCAAAUUUUGACAUUAUCAGACCUAUGACCAAAGAUAAGUUAGUCUAAUUCUGAUUUUGACAUUUAUAAGAUAGUAAAACUAGCAGUACCUGGCUUCAUAGAGUUAUUAUAAGCACCAAGCCUGGCACUUGGUAAGUUAUCAGUAAGUGUUACCUGUCUUUAUUAUGAUUUCAGAUCAACAUCCUUGGCUGUUAUUAUAGUUUACAAGGUAAAAUGAAUUUUAUGGGACCGUAUUCCAUGACCAACAACUUUUGGCUUUGCUAAGAAAUAAACUUACCUAACAAAAUAUAAA